GACGACGACGACGACGACCUGCUUACGUAUACAUGCUUUCACGGUGUCAAAGAUGCCUGCCAUUGGGCAGACGGUCCAUUGUCACUGCUGCUACAGCUCAUGCUCCAUCUCUCAAGCAAGCACUACAAGCAGCUAUAAGCGAAACAACGGCACUGCAUCAUGGCUUUACAAGCAAUGACAUGCCAGCACAAGCAGUCUUUCUCAUUUCCCGUGCAUACUUUCCACAAUCGCUCGAUGGAACACUUGCCCAACUACUACGAAAGACAGUCACUGCAGCUGUAGGUGAGCAUUGUCAAGUCGCUUCUGCUGUCGUUGAUGCAGUUGGCUCAACGGCGGGUGUCUCCAUGCUGGUUGCUUCCGAAGACGAAGCUGCGCAACUCUUGCCAUUCAAUGAUCGAGUUGACCGACAAAUCAGUCUCGGACGGGCUUGGAAAGCACAAGGCACCAAGGACGCCUCGGAAGACUGGGAGUUGCCAGCGGACGCAAGUUGGAAGUCUAUCCUCAGUGACGGUAGUGCCUUUCAGCGUGCGAGCUCAGAGACAAAGCUGACUGCUUCGCCCACUAUGCAGUCUGCAAUUGUCGUUUCUGGCAAUGGCUUUGCUGAGCUUGAUUGGCCUGCUCAGCUCUUACCCAAUGCACGGAAAGUUGGGCUUCUUGCUAGUACGACACCGUUUCUGACGGGACUGCCGGUGACAAUGACCUUUCAAGACCGCAUGAUUUCUCGUGGAGGAUGGGCUCUAGCAUUCCCACAAGCAAGAGAAGCACUACAAGUGGCUUACCCGACGCUACACAAAUUAGGAGAGCCGUUGCUCGUGACCAAAUGCCAGGGCAAUAUUCUCAUCACUUUGAACGAACAGCCUGCCACGUACUGCUUGCUUGAGCGAAUGAAGUCUCUCACAAGCACGAAUGCAGCAUCCAAAGAUCUCCUCUUGUUUGGGCAAGUUCAGCACGG